CUGUGUUACAAAAGCAGCGAACACAGUAAAUCACACACAGCUCUACGCAACCAUGGCUGACACCGGUGAAAAGACAAAAACACCUACGAAGGGGGUGAAAAUUGUAGUCGAAUACUGCGGUAAAUGAGGGUAUGAACCCCGCUAUCGGGAUCUCCAAUCGGGUGUCAAGGAGGAGUUUCCUGAUGCGGAUGUGUCAGGCUUCGUGGGAAGACAGAGCAGCUUUGAGGUUGUCAUCAACGGUCAGCUGAUCUUCUCCAAGCUUGAGACAGGAGGGUUCCCAUAUGAAGAUGAUAUCUUGAAUGCAGUCCAGGACGCCUACGAUGGCAAACCACCGAAGAAGAUCACCAAAAGCCAUGCACCCUGUGUCAUCAUGUAAACCUCCCUCAGUCCUGCAGCAUGAAGACGGGCCAGUGCAACUGUAUACUGCCAAUGCCACCUGCGGUCUACUCUCAGCCCUGCUUAAAAACGGGCUGGGAUAAAACCUCGCUGUAUACAAACCCAUCAGAGAUGCACUAGGCCCACUAGCUGCUCUGUUUGAUGCAGAUCGCCAAACGUCUGGCUCCCCCUCUCUGCUCUCAUUGUGGUUCUCCAGGCUGUUAAUGAUUACUGUAGCCUAAAAGGUUAAAGGUUAUAGUAUGAUGAAUCCACUCCUGGAAGUCCCUUAUUAUGAGAGCUGAGGUGGGGAGAAGAUGUUGCUGAAGGGUUUCCUAUAACCUCAUUGCCUGUACUUCUCUAAUUGCUGAAUUGUUUUGGGUUUCUUCUUUAAGUUUUUGUUUAUACUGAUCCUACAUGCAAUUACCAGUUUUCAUUGAAUGCAAGGACCGUGCACAGUAGUUGCACGUCAUUUUUUGAAAGGAGACUGCCUCUUGAUUUCUGCCUCUGUACCGCUCUAUGCUAAUAAUGUGCUACUAAAGCAUUUUUCUAAGAGUCUGGCUAUUUCAGACACUUAUUACUGUAAAAGUUGUGGAUAGUGAAGCAAUGUUAUGUAAUGUGUGGUUGCUGAAUGCAAAACUAAGCAUACAAUUGUUGUCUUUCUGUAUACGUAUCAAAUUGGGAUAGUUUUAAAUUUCUGCUUUCUGCUUAUAUUUUUAGUUUUUUUUUUUGUUGUUUUUUUUUGUAUGAUUAGCUCCUCUGUAAUUUAAAUUGAUUAGGCACUAGAGCGAUCGUCAGUGCUUCUGAAGACCACCGCCCACUGGUCUGUCAGCUCACUCUCAGUUCCAUGCUGGCUCAUUUUCCACUAAUCAUGUCGCAUUGUUCACUCUGAUGUCAAAGCUGCAAACUUUAAAUAAAGCUGAGGGGUUCUUUAAGUA